UCAGAGAAAGGGAGGGGAAAGAGGGAGAGAGAAAAAGGAAGAACUUUUCCGAAGAGUUUUUUUCUUUCCUUUCCCCCUCCUUUUGGUUUAAACAAACAUUACAGAGAGACAGAGUAAACGUUAAAAAACACUUGCAGGGCUGUUUGGAUGGGAAAUGAAAGACUGAUAAACCGAAAGAGGAAGAGAGAAAGAAAAGGAGAAACACCCCGUGAGCUUCAGUCCUGUGUAACAGAUGACGGCAUUAAAAAUUGACAGAGUCUGACUGGGGCCUGCUGACAGACGAGAGCAACUUCCUUGACCAUGACGUCAGACCUGGACUCCAGUUUGACCAGUAUCGACUGGCUCCCACAGCUGGGAAUGAGCAGCCUCCGCUCAGGGAGAGAGCGAGGCGAGAAAAAGCGGGAACGAGGAAGAGAGCGAGACACGCCACUAUCCAUUCCAUGUGCCUCCCCUCCGACCAACUCCAAAGGGAAACCACCACAUAGCUAUGCCACCCUCAUCGCAAUGGCAAUCAGCUCUGCUCCGGAGAGAAAGCUGAGUCUGAAUGACAUCUACACCUGGAUCAGCGACACUUUCCCAUUCUACAGUAGAGCAGGGAGAGGCUGGAAGAAUUCAAUCCGACAUAAUCUCUCCCUUAAUAAAUGCUUUCGGAAAGUUCCAAGACCACAGAGCGACCCAGGGAAGGGUUCUUACUGGACCAUGGAUGGACCACCUGACCAAAAUCAGGCUAGAGGUUCUAAAAGACCUUGUCCUUCAAGCGAUGAGGAGAUGGACGACCCUGAAAAAACCCCAUCCGCCGUGGACAUACCACAUCUAAGUCAAGCUGAGCCUCUUGCUCUUCCACCAGACAUUAAAUCUACUCUGUCUCCACCUCCAUGCAAGCGUCCACCUGCCCCAUUAACUACGGCCCCCGCUGCCUCUGUCCCUUCAGCUGAGCCGCCGCUGCGCUUCUCCUUCUCUGAUCUCAACCUGCCAGACCUCUACACUUCAUUUCAGUCUCUCUGUCGCUCUGUGAGAGAGAGAGUCACUUCACAGUCGGACGGCGCUGGUCUACUUGGGAUACCGGGUGACAUUGCACCGCUCCACACCCCAACGCUGCCACCCCUGUCACCUCAACCCUGUCACAGCAUCAAUCCUUCCACACACAUGAUCAAUAGUACGAACACUGGUACCAACCCAACCCUUAAAAUGAACCCAAGUUUCACCGUACAAAACCCCCAGGCGAACGCUGAGCCUGACAGACUGCUACACAACAACGUUGUUCCUGCAGACUGGUUCAGUAAUGCUGAGUCUUUAAGAGAGAGCUUCAGAAUUGCUAACAGUUUGGACUGGUCUAAUAUAGACCUCAGCAAUCACCCUGACCUGGUAGAGAGCAUGCGUCAGGCGGAACUCUGUGAUUGGGCGCUGGAUCCAAAUCUCUUCACCUCGCUCUGUGAUUCACUCAACCGCUUCUUCACUCACAGGGGGAUCCUUGGCUCACAGUCGGGCAACACGUCCUCUCUGAGCUCGUUAGCUUCACCCCUUAGCCACAUGCAGUCAGCAGCUCAUCCGACUCUGUCGCAUGUAAUGCACCCCUCUCCUCUUAGCUUACCUCCCCAGCUCCCGCACUGUAGCGGUGGUCCAUCUGUUCAGAGCCACCGGAAAACAAUGACUCUUCAGAGCCCUAGCCAGAAUUCACAGAGGAACCUUGAAACACAGCCAAAUGCUAGCCAACCUCUGCCUUCCAACGCUAUUCAAGCACAACCUCUGACACCUCGAACUCGACCCCCCAUGAAGCAUCUCCACAGCAACAGUGAAGAGAUUCAAGAUGACUUUGACUGGGAUUCACUGAUUGUGUGAAUACUUCAAGAAUCUUUGAAACAAUUUGAAAUAGUGCAAAAUUUAUUUAUCGAGAUGAAAGCAUUUGUUUGAAAUCUUAAAACAUUUUAUUCAUGUAUAUGUUUGUUACACGUAGCGGCGGCUUGUCCAUACUGUAAUUUUACCAUUUAACAAAUCCUUAAUCAUGCGCUUUAAACUCCGUUGUACGACUAAUUACCUCUCGAAUGACCUUACGAUAGAAAAAUCCUUGCUGUUUGACAGAUAUGACUGACAUUCCAGUGAGUUGCUCACUAGAUCAUGCUCGCUGUCCUUUUAGGGCCACAAAGUUACUGUUGCACACACUGCUACUAUCAAGUGCUAAUAGAGGCCCAGUGGGGCUGGAAUGACGCUGCUCCGUGCUCAGGGGUGGCGCAGCAAACAGGACGAUUAAUAAAGGAGAUGAUUUGUGCAGCAAAUUAGAUUAGUUUAAAAUACUCUGAAACUACAAAAUCUUGUUUUGUAAUUAAACAUAAUAAACACCUGCAAAGACAAAGAUAAGUAAAGGCACAGCCUCCAUAAUGUACAUAAGCAUUUCUAUUUUAUGAAUACAUGGCAACAAUGGGAAAAGGGGAAACUGGGUUAUUGUGGCACGGGUACUGUCUGUAUCACAGUGCCCUGGUUACCUAAGCAAACCUAAGGAUGAAAAAAAAAAAAAAGUAAGAAACCCGUCUUCCUGCUGCUAGACUGUAUGUCAGGUCUCAGCUGCCUAUGGUGGUGUUAUUCUACAACAGAAAUCAAUUAUAUGUUAAAUAAUAUUUUGCUGCCCCACCAAUAUCUAUGGUAAUAAACUGCUUCUGGGUAUAUUCAACCUGUUGCCCUUAAAUGCAUUCAGAUAUCUUAAACUGUGGUGAACAGUUGUUACUAACAGAAAACAAUUCCUCUGAUAAUUACUUACAAACACAGCGUUCAAGACAAACCAGGACUUUAUGCAAAAUAACAAAACAAUUAUCGGAGUUAAAACUACCUUUAUUUAUAAAUAAUAUGUGAAAAAUGGCUUGGAGCGAGGUCAGGACUGUGGCAGUAACUUCCAGCUGAGUUCCUGUGAUGUGGAAGUGGUGUUCGUGAACGAUCGUGUGUACAGUUCCCACAGACAGAUGAGGCUCUUCCGCAAGUUACCUAACGAUGUUCAUGGGGUCGAAUGCAGUGGGCGCUGAGCCACCCUGGCCGGGAUCAUUGUUCACGGACAUAUGGCCGCCUUGAAAACGUUUGCAGCAUUCAAAUGUUUUACUGGAACUAGGGGCCUCAUCACCGUAGCAUGCUUAAAGUCUUCUGUAAAAGUCAAUCGUUUUUUUCUACGCCUUCAAUCAUGAGAAAUAUCACCACAAGUCCUGGUUUGACUCGAAUGACCCUGUUAGUAAACAUUUUGUUAAAUGUAUUGAGAGUAAAUCAAGAAUGUAUUGAUACAAACAGAAAUCAUAUAUACAUGUCUGGGGUCAGAUUAUUGUUUAUAUAGAAAAAUAAUGCAAAUAAAAUGUCCUUAGUUACCAGCUAGACCAGCUAGAGAUGUAAGCUUUCCAGGAUAAUUCACUAUUUUGACCAGUUAUACCUUUUUAUUGCACUUGAAAGCAUGUUUUUCUUUUUUUUUUUUUCUUUUUCUUUUUUUGCUUGGCGCACUAAAUGUAAAUCUGUUAACUCUACCGGGUGACUGGGGCUCCGUCAUGGUAUUUUGACUGAACAUUGUGUGUGGAAACAGUUCAAUGUUUUCAAUUGUCUUCAAUGACUAACACUUCCUUUGCAAAUAUUACCUUUCUGAAUUUUAUCUAAAUGAAUCAGGCACCACAAUAUUCUAUGCCUUGCAUCAAAAUAAAAAUGUAGAUGAAAAUCAUAUGAAAUGUCAAAA